CAAUUUCUUGUUUCGAAGAAGCAUCUUAUGCUAGCAUCUCCUCGCGCUGGCAAAGUGCUUGAAGGAUCUUUCAAGGAAGGCACUCCGAGGGAAGAUGGUCUCUUUCGCUGGAGAUUCGAACCAAUAUUCGACCCAAAGGCUUUCGAAAUUGUAAUGAAGAUUAUUCACGGACAGACACGUGACGUUCCUAUGCAAAUAGAUCUUACUUUGCUCACUCAAAUAACCGCAAUCGUGGAUGACUUGGAAUGUCAUAAUACCCUUUGGUUCUUUGCAAAACUUUGGUUAAAUCAAAUUAAAGAUCGGAUCCCAUCCGAGUUUUGUGAGGACCUUAUGAGAUGGAUCUUGAUUUCAUUUGUAUUUGAGGAGCCGGAACUUUUCGAAAAGGCAACAACUACCGCCAUAGAACAUGGCAUAGAUGAUAUGCCUAACUUCAAUCUUCCUAUACGUCCCAAAGUCCUUGAGGACAUUGGGGCGAAAAGAGAAGAAAUAUUCGGUAAUCUGUUGACCCUCCUAUACCACUUGGAAGAACAACUACUUGAUGAAUCCAUCGGGUGCAACAAGGGUUGUAGGGCCAUGAUGCUCGGCACAUUAAGCCAGGGGCUAAGGGCAGCCUCUUUAUCGCCUUCUCCCUCCCCGCCAUACAUCUCACUGAGCAUCAAGCCAGUUCUUCGACAGUUGAAAGCAACUGAAUCACUGGAUUAUUAUUGUUCGGAGGGGGGGAGAUAUGCCAGUCCAACGAACUCCGGAAUUUGGACAAUUCAGAAGUUACCUUCGCCAAGAAAGCAGAGUCAAAGUGUUUGGGACCAAGAGAGAGAAGAAAAGGUACCUGGCAAUUUGGUUCGCCAUAAAUGCCUCUUGAAAGAUCAUCUCAGCGGACUAUUAGUUUCUGCGGAUUCUCAAAUUAAGGGCCUAGAACUAUCCAAUUAUUUGAGUGUAUAG